GCCCGGCUUAAAGCGGCUCGAAGACCCUGCCGCCGGGCAGCGCGCUGAGGAGCGGAGCCGGUCGCAGGAUGAGCUCGCGGACAUCGCUGCGCCUGGCCGCCCUGUGCAUGCUGCUGCUGCCGCCCGCGUGUGCCUACUUCGGCCUUACUGGAAAGGAAGCUCUGACCCACUUCCCUUUGCUGGGCCCAUCAACAAACCCUGCCCAAGGGAAGGUGCACCUUAAGCAAUGCGACUUGCUCAAGCUGUCCCGUAAGCAGAAGAGGCUUUGCCGUCGGGAGCCUGGGCUGGCAGAGACCUUGCGAGAUGCCAUCCGGCUUGGGAUCAUGGAGUGCCAGUACCAGUUUCGCAAUGAGCGCUGGAACUGCAGCUUGGAAGGACGGACCAGUCUCCUGAAGCGAGGUUUCAAGGAAACUGCUUUCCUCUAUGCAGCGUCCUCUGCAGCUCUUACCCACUCCCUGGCCAGGGCAUGCAGUGCUGGGCGCAUGGAGCGCUGUACCUGUGAUGACUCUCCGGACCUGGAGAACCGCAAGGCUUGGCAGUGGGGGGUGUGUGGGGACAAUCUCAAAUACAGCACCAAAUUCCUCAAAAACUUCCUAGGCCAGAAGAAGAUUGGCAAAGACCUGCGGGCCAAGGUAGACAUCCACAACACCAACGUGGGAAUCAAGGCUGUGAAAAAUGGUCUCAAAACCACAUGCAAGUGUCAUGGUGUCUCAGGUUCCUGUGCUGUGCGAACCUGCUGGAAGCAGCUCUCUCCAUUCCAUGAGACUGGCAAGCUACUCAAGCUUCGCUAUGAUGAUGCUAUCAAGGUCUUUAGUGCCACCAAUGAUGCUGUGGGGCAUUCUGAACUCGUGGGGCCACAGAAACAUGGCCACUCCUCCAAAAACCCUACUUCUCCACGCCCGACUGACUUGGUGUAUGUGGAGGACUCGCCUAGCUUCUGUCGGCCCAGCAAGUACUCACUGGGCACUGCUGGAAGGACAUGCUCUCGGGAGGCCAACUGUGACAGCAUGUGCUGUGGACGUGGCUACAAUACUCAGAGUCAGAUGGUCACCUUCUCCUGCCACUGCCAGGUGCAGUGGUGCUGCUAUGUGGAGUGUCAACAGUGUAUGCAGGAAGAGGUUGUUUAUAGCUGCAAGCAAUAAUGUCAGGUGUUAUCAGGCCAGGAAAGGAGAGGUAUACAAAUGAAAGGUAAUAAUGAGGCAGAGGCAGGCACAGCUUCCUGCAAGGCACUUGAUAUUAGCUCCUGCUCUCUCCAUGCUGAGAAUCCCUGACACACGGUGUACUGGAUAGCUCCAUCUAUGAGGGAUGCAGUAUCAGAAGCUGUGUCAGGUAGAGAUGAGGAAGGAAGGCAGAGAGGCUGGGGAGAAAUGAGUUGUAAGACUUCAGGGAUACUGAAGCAAUAAGGGUCCCUUUUUAAAUUAAACCUUGUUCUUGACGGGAGCUGCAUGAAUACUGCUCCCUACAUUUUGUAUAUAAAUGCAUUAGGGAGGCUAACCAUAAAGGCUCAGGGGCCUUGGCACUGAAAGGUAGCAAGGAAGAAAGGCAGUAAGUGGACCAGGUAGUGGACGCAGAUAUAAUUGGAACGUCAAGGUUGCUGAACUGAGACAAAAUGACACUGGCAAAAGGAGGGGGGGUUUAAUAUGCUACUCCCUGGGAACUAGCUGGGUUCUCUCUGCUCUGGAUUCUAGUCAUGCGCUGAUGAGUUCCCUCAUCUUGGUGUCACAGACAAACUCUGAGUUAUAGUCAGCUAACUAUUUCUAAGUUUGCGUGCACAUUUUAGUGAUAAACGUGGAUGUGCGUGCACACCCACUGUAGCAGUAAACUAAAAGGUUCAAGGUGGAAAUGACUACCAGGCAAUCUCUGCCUUUGAGUGACGAUAUGAAAUGUGAAGCACCAUGUACUAGUAUGCCCAAUGUCUUCUGCACCUCUGCAGGAGCAAACACUGGAGCAGGGCUGUUCUCUGCCUUUCAUGCUGUGUCCUGCUGUGGACGCUGAUCUGAACAUCUCUUAUCUCCUAAAUAGCCAGCCAUGGCCAUAUACUCCAAACUGGUACUACCAAGGUGCAUGGUAUUUUCUUCAACAUGCACUUUAGCCCUUGGCAGAUCAGGUGCAAGACUGCAGAGCUUAAACAAAGACACUGGGCACGUCCUACAAGAUCGCAGCCUCUUCCAUUGACUUGAUUUGGGGGGGACAGGACACUUGUCAGUAUUUCAGUGGUGCAGUUUAAACCUGCUAGUACUUCUAAGCUCUUGCAGGAAGCCUCUUCCACAGACGGAGCUGGGUAAGUGGCUCAGUUAACAUUUGUGUCUUUAAAAGGUACAAAAGAGAAGGCAGUUUUUGUUACUGGAUCAAUGCCCUUAUACCAGUGGUAUCACAGUGUAUAAGAGGGACUGCUUUGCAAAUUCAGUAGCUAUUAUGUUUGUCCAAGGCAUUCACAAAUAAAUGACUCCAGCCAGAAGUGUAAGAGAGUGCUACCAGACUGGUAGACACAGAAUAUGUUGUAAAUAUAAAGUAAAACUCUAUGCAUCAGCAUUAGCAGAUUUAACAGAAGGUAAUUUAAGAUUCAUGCAUACAGAUUCAAUGCAUUCACAGAUCUCACAAUAGCUAUUUAGCAAGAGCCAGAAGAAUACUCUGCUCCCUCAGCUGGACACUCAGGGUUGCUGACUUUUUGGUUAAACCCACUUACCCUAUGCUGUGCUCACAGGCAUGACUGCUUGCUGGCAGAUACUGAAGGAAGUCAGUUGGGAGAAGUAUGGGUGCUGCUGACUGUUAUCCAGCCCUCUGAAUGAAUGGGGGAACAGUGAGGAGCCAGACUCUCAUUUGAGGCUGUCACAGCUUUUUCCAAAGAGUGCUCAAGCUUUGUGACAUGAUGGAAGAUGGAAAUGCUUCAACCUAUGGUAAAACAUGAGGGGUGAAAUGAGCUCACUGGAAUCUACCGUAAGCUGCCAAAUGCAAGAAGAGCCUUUAUCUCAUUCUCCCACACCUGCAGGAUGUAUGGGUGACAGUAUUAGAGAUAUUUGCCUCUCACAAAUCUUCAUUGUGGGGUAUGAACCUGGCUUAUGGACUAAAAGCUGAAUUGGACCCUGGGAUCUGAACUGGGCAGUGUUUGUGGGCAGCUGAAUUAUCUUCAAAAGCUGGUGAGGCCAUGUAUGUGAUUCCAAGCCUUAAACAGACCCUGAGCCUGAACUUCUAACGUACCCUUGAUCUGGGUCCUAACAAGGUGGUAGAAUAUUCAUGCAACCACUAGUUCCCUUUCAGCUCACUGGCUUUGAGAUUGUAAAUUCAGCACAUACUCUGUUUGUUUGGACUGGGUCCUGCUUUUAAAAAAAGUUGAAGUCAACUGGCUCAAAGCAGAUCUUGGUCUUUAUUAAUUGAUAGUUGGAAUUCACUGUGAUUCUUCUGGCAACCUACAGUUCUCAUAAUGGAUUUAUCCCUUUCAUCCCAUAAUCUGGCUCAUGAUGACUUAAAGUGUAAAUGCUAUCAAAGUGCUUAUGACAGACAUGUUAGAGCCAAUCGGGGAUAAUUAGUCUUAAUUUUUUUACCACCCUAAAUACCUCAGGAAUUAGUAAUGAGUAGACCAUUAAUUAUGUGUUAGUGCUGAUCCUUUAAGAUUUUAAGGCUUCCCACAAAUCUGAGUACUAAGCAGUGGGUAAAAACUAGGAAGCAAUAGCAGCUGCUUACCAUGAAGGGUUAAAAUUGCCUGUAAUGGAUAUACUGCUCUGCCUUGUGCCAUGGUACCAAUCUGCCCCUGCACUGAUGGCAUGUACAGACCUGAGUACCUAUAAUGAAUAUGGCAUUUCCAUAUGCUUCAAUGGGGGCAACAUGGCACUGCAGCUUUGACAGCUCUUAUGCAUGUAUCGUAAGUAGUGUAAUCUUUGGAUCCUGCUGCAGGCAGUCAGUUUGUUUCAAAAUUGUGAAAUUUUUCUCAUGCAAUUCUUUUGUGGAAAACAAAACCAGGAGGAGGAAAUGAUGUCACAAUGUCCUGAGGCCUUGUGGAAAGUGCAUGAACUGAGCAAUCAGGAGCUCUAGUCCUGGCUCGUCCAUUGACUGCUGCUCUAACACUUCUGUUCACUUCACAACUCAUCCUGCAAACCAAGGUCUUAGGCUGUUGCGGGCAAGUAUCAUUCACUUGCUUGAUGGAUCAGAUAGCAGAGUUUGUAUAUGGUCUCUACAGAACAAUAAGGUUCCAGUAACAAAGUCAAGUCUCUUGCUUUGCCAAAAAAGUCUUUUCAGAAGGAAAAUUGCUUCUGUUACUCUCUCCUGACACAGUGUGGCUCAGUGUUAUGCUGGAGCAGCUGGGCCCCAGAGAAGUUAUGGCUUUGAUUUUUCAGUGUGCAGUGGGCUGGUGCCUUAGCUCACAUGGGGAGAUACACUUGUGUUCAAACCUGUCAGAGGACUCAAACAGGAUGGCUGCGAUGUGUGGCUGUGCUAUCACAAUCUCUUCCCAGAGUCAGAAAUGCACCUGAGGAUCCUGAUGCUUAGCAUCUCCUGCUUUCUCACAAAUACUGGUGGAGCCCACUGAUAAAGCAUAUGCUAUCUCUGUGUGCUUGAUCCAUAUGCAGCAGGCUAACUUGCUGUUCCACCUUUUCCACCUUUCCAGUUCCCUAUAUUGAUAAGACAAAAAGGGUCAGAAGGCAGCUUGGGAGCUCAUCUAGUCUGAUCUCCUCUUCAAGAUACAAUCACCCUAGACAAAAUGCUUAAAAUAUCUAGUGAUGAAGAAUCAACAAGCUUUCUACAUAAUUGAUUCCAGUGCUUAAUAAUCCUCAUAGUUCAAAAAUCCUUCCUAAUAGCCAACCUUACUGCAGCUUAAUCCUCCUUACUACUUACCCUAUGUUUUUUGCACAGAGAACAAUUGAGCACCAUCCUCUUGACAGCAUUCCUUUUUGCAUGGGAAACUGGUGCCUGCUGAUCCCCGGGGGGUGGGGGGUGGGGAAGGCACCAUGAGCCAAGCGCCAACUGGGGGGGAUCCCCCAGCAGCCAAUUGGAAGUGCCAGCAGCAAACCCAGAAGUGCUGCUGGUGCUUCUUUUGGCACCCCCACAUUCUUGGGGGGGCACUGGCCAUCACCCCCCACUCCCCAGACAGCGGCAGCCAAUCUCAGAGGGGGCAUGUGACCCUUCUACGCAUUGGUUGUGCCUUUUUGUGUUUGAAGAGUGUUAUCAAAUUCACCUAUAGUCUCAAAUAAUCCCAAUUCUUCCAACCUUUCCUUGCAUUCUGUUUGUUUUCUAGAGCUCUAAUAUAUUUGUUGCUGUUCUCUGGACUCUUUCCAGUUUGUCCACAAUUGUCUUGAACUGUGAUGCCAAAGCUAGACACUGUCUACUGGGUGAGGCUUCAAGAGUACCAAAUGGAAAGAUGGAUUCAAAUUGUUUGUCUUGGAGGCAACAAUCCUGUUAAUAUAUCCCAGUAUCCUAUUAGAUUUCUUUUUUAACAGUAUUUUUUUGUUGAUAUAUAUUCAGUUUAUGAUCUCCUGUAAUCCAUUGAUCUUUUUCUGCCUAGCCAGUCAUUACACUAGUUUGUAUUAGUGUAUUUAAUUGUUCCUUUCUAAGUGUAGUAGCUUGCCCAUAUCUUUAAGUAACUUCAGCCUGUCUAUUUCAGACCAUCUUCCCCAUUUAUGAGAGUCCUAACCCUGUGUUCUAAAGUGCCUGCCAACCUAUACAACUGACAUCAUCCACAGUCUUAUUAAGUGUACACUUGAUACACUCAAUUCCAUUCUCUAAGUUAUUAAUGAAGAUACUGAAUAGUACUAGGCCCAGGAUAGACCCCUGGGAAAUCCUUUUUGACACAGUCUUCAGUUUGACAUUGAUCCAUUGAUGGCUAGUCAGUGAGUUUGAUUGUCCAAGCAGUUAUGCACUGACCUUCACAGUAGUUUCUUUAAACCUGUAUUCCCUUAGCUUGCUUAUGAGAGACCAUGAAAACCUGUGUCAAACGCCUUACUAAAGUCAAGGCAUGUUAUACCCACUACUUCCCCUGCCAUCAGUAAGGGCAUUCAUCUUGUCACAGAAGAAAAUUUGGUUGAAUAGACAUGAUUUGCUCUUGACACAUCUAUGUUGGCUGUUACUUAGUAUCUAGGUGCUUGCAAAUUAAUUGAUAAUAUAAUCCAGGAUCUUUCUACAUCCUACAGUUAGACUGACAGGUCUGUAAUUCCUAAUCUUCUGGAACCUCACCUGGCCUCCAUGAGGUCUCAGAGCUAAUAGUCAAUGACUCUUCAGUUGCUUAGGCUAAUUCUAAGUACCCUAGGUUGAAUGUAAUCAAAUCCUACUGAUUUUAAAAUCUAGUCUUUUCUAAUAAUCUCUAAUUUUACUUUCUCUAUUCUUGGCUGAAUUACCUAGGUCUUGUUUUUGACACUAGUUGUGCUUGUUAUCUGGCCGUAGACCUUUCUUGUGAAGACUGAUUUAAAGGAGGCAUUAACUGCUUCUUCUCCACUUUGCCCAUUAUUGGAAGAUGAGGUGGGGCGGGGAGGGCACAGGUGAUACAGCUAACCUACUCUAAUAGUCUGGCCCUUCUAAGCAUCCAGCGAUAAAGCAAGCAUGUGCUGCAAUAAUUUUUUUCUUUCUCCGAUUUGGAAAGUCCCAGAUAAAUGGAGCAGUUCCCCCAGGCUGGAAACAUGCCUGGCUUUGUCUGAGGCAGUGAAAAAAAUAUGUAUAUUUCCAACUGGAAUCUUCAUUCUGCCUUAAACUGUGAUGUAACCUCACACUGUUCCACUCUACAAGUGGAAGUUUUUCAGCAGUAAGUUAGGUGGUUUGUGUAAGGUAGAUUUUAGAAAAAAUGUCAAAAAGCUUGUAAAAGGAUUCCUUAAGCAGAAAGGUGGGUACAGCCAUGUCAGGAUAUGAUCAGACUACUAGAGCUUACAGUUUUGACACUUAGUUUCAUGGGCUUUACACAGCUCAGCUUUGACCUCAGCAGAAGCCAUACACACUUAAAAACAUAUUUUGGAUUUGGUUACUCCAAUAUAAAUGUAAAGUUUGUUUGUUUUUUUUUAAAUGAGAGGAAUUAUUUUGGAUUUACUCUGGAGAAUAGAAUUUGUCUCAAAGUAAAAUAAGCCAUCCUGGAUAACCAGGGGUCUCUGAGGAAACAGAAGUAAUGAAAGAGAUGCUUUUAUUUGCAAGCAAUUGAGAAAAGAACUGUAUUCUUUUUGGAAUUAUCUCAUCAGAUAUAAACCUUCAAGUUGUAAGUGUCACUCCUGCUCAAUUAGCACUGGAGCACAGCUGUGGCUGCUGGCUCACUACAUGGAAGGUAGGGAUUCAGGAUUUUAGAUGUGUUUUCUGAGUAGUACCCAAAGUCUCUGGUAGCUGAUGGGAAUUGCACAGUAUCAUAUAUGCAGUCAAACCUCCCUCCUACAACUAUCCUAGUCGGGUCUGUGCUCAACUCCAAUUUCAUUACUGUCACCUGGAAUGUUUGACCAGCUCCUCUGUCCUUAAUAUGACAAUGCAACUUGCCUGGAAAAAAUGAAGUUGUGGAAGAUAUUGUUUGUAUAGUUAUAGUAUCAGGGAGUCCCUUGACUUGGACAAAGACCCAUCUCAACUAGAUGCCAUACAAACGUGUAACAAAGAUGGUCCCUGCCCCAAAAUAAAUAAAUGAACUGAUCUUUCCUCAUUCUAAAUUCA